AGCAUCUAGGUGACCUCUGACCUACAGUUUGAAGAGGAAGAUGGCGCCCGUCGCAGACUAUCCCGGUGUCUGGGGGAAGGCAACCGCCACUAUCGACUGGUGCGAGGAGAAUUACGUGGUCACGGAAUACGUCGCCGAGUUCUGCAUCAAGGCCUACCAGGAAAAACUGGAGACAAGAUACGUGGUGUCCUUCUUCUCCAUAUUAGUUGUAGGAAUCGGGUCCUGGUGCUUCCACAUGACCCUGCUCUACGAGAUGCAGCUGUUCGAUGAGCUGCCCAUGAUCUGGGGCUCCUGUAUCUUUGUUUUUGACCUAUUCCACUCCUUUACCCCUCCCAAGUACCAGAACCUUCCCAUGAUCCUCUGUCUGGUGCUUUACAGCUUCAUCAUCACAGCUAUCAACCCCCCUUCCGUACCUGUUAAAAGAUCACCCCAACUAUAUUUGUUCCGCAUCAUGACAAGUGAUUUUCUUCCUCUCCGCAAGCCUCGCAACAAGUAACGUACCAUCUCCACAAUAUUCUCUUACUAUCAAAAUAGUUAAUAUAGAUUCUCAUCCAGUUUGCUGUGAUUAGAAUUAUUCUCUUAUGGACGGUUGAUUUUUCGUGUCAACUGUAACUCUUAUUCUUAAACUUGCCUCUAAUCAAGAAAGUAGAAAAAGAUGUACAUGAUUGUAUAGGAAUUAUCAAAAUAGUUUGAUACGUAAGCCUGGCAUACAGUCUACUGUAGUUUGGCUGGGCUAUCUUUGGCUGAGCUUUCUUGGGGACAGACGAUCUUGCGAGGUGCUCUGUGUAAUCUAAUGCAC